AUGGGGAUGGGCAGGACGUUAGCAGAAACCCAGUGCACCCCUGGGCACAGUGCAGGCGGGACGUUAGCAGAAACCCAGCGCACCCCUGGGCACAGUGCAGGCGGGACGUUAGCAGAAACCCAGCGCACCCCUGGGCACAGUGCAGGCGGGACGUUAGCAGAAACCCAGUGCACCCCUGGGCACAGUGCAGGCGGGACGUUAGCAGAAACCCAGCGCACCCCUGGGCACAGUGCAGGCGGGACGUUAGGAGAAACCCAGCGCACCCCUGGGCACAGUGCAGGCGGGACGUUAGCAGAAACCCAGUGCACCCCUGGGCACAGUGCAGGCGGGACGUUAGCAGAAACCCAGCGCACCCCUGGGCACAGUGCAGGCGGGACGUUAGCAGAAACCCAGCGCACCCCUGGGCACAGUGCAGGCGGGACGUUAGCAGAAACCCAGUGCACCCCUGGGCACAGUGCAGGCGGGACGUUAGCAGAAACCCAGCGCACCCCUGGGCACAGUGCAGGCGGGACGUUAGCAGAAACCCAGCGCACCCCUGGGCACAGUGCAGGCGGGACGUUAGCAGAAACCCAGCGCACCCCUGGGCACAGUGCAGGCGGGACGUUAGCAGAAACCCAGUGCACCCCUGGGCACAGUGCAGGCGGGACGUUAGCAGAAACCCAGCGCACCCCUGGGCACAGUGCAGGCAGGACGUUAGGAGAAACCCAGCGCACCCCUGGGCACAGUGCAGGCGGGACGUUAGCAGAAACCCAGCGCACCCCUGGGCACAGUGCAGGCAGGACGUUAGCAGAAACCCAGCGCACCCCUGGGCACAGUGCAGGCGGGACGUUAGCAGAAACCCAGCGCACCCCUGGGCACAGUGCAGGCGGGACGUUAGGAGAAACCCAGCGCACCCCUGGGCACAGUGCAGGCGGGACGUUAGCAGAAACCCAGUGCACCCCUGGGCACAGUGCAGGCGGGACGUUAGCAGAAACCCAGCGCACCCCUGGGCACAGUGCAGGCGGGACGUUAGCAGAAACCCAGCGCACCCCUGGGCACAGUGCAGGCGGGACGUUAGCAGAAACCCAGUGCACCCCUGGGCACAGUGCAGGCGGGACGUUAGCAGAAACCCAGCGCACCCCUGGGCACAGUGCAGGCGGGACGUUAGCAGAAACCCAGCGCACCCCUGGGCACAGUGCAGGCGGGACGUUAGCAGAAACCCAGCGCACCCCUGGGCACAGUGCAGGCGGGACGUUAGCAGAAACCCAGUGCACCCCUGGGCACAGUGCAGGCGGGACGUUAGCAGAAACCCAGCGCACCCCUGGGCACAGUGCAGGCAGGACGUUAGGAGAAACCCAGCGCACCCCUGGGCACAGUGCAGGCGGGACGUUAGCAGAAACCCAGCGCACCCCUGGGCACAGUGCAGGCGGGAAUGCACAAGCUUCAUCCCAGAAUUUGGGAUGA